UGCUUGCUCUCCGUCUUAUGCACGCUUCAUUUCAUUUCCUUAUUACUUAUCUUAGAAUUGACAUUUCUCUGACGCGCCCACCAAGUGUUUGACGAAAUUCCUACGCGGCUGUAUAUCAAAUUUAUUUAGUUUUUUCUAUGCAAUUUUUCAUCAGUUCAUCAGUAUCGUGUAAUCCUUCCAACGGCUUGUUCUUAUAACUGCUUUGUUUUUGUUGAUUUGUUUGUUAUAUAGCUAUGGCGUUGAGAUUGGCUGCCAGGAAGUUGAGGAGUGAUGUCUCACCUAUGCGUUCAUGGGCUUCUCUACUUCAUUCACAUGCUACAAGCUUUGGGUAUAGGGAAGUACGAGAAGAAGAGAAAAGUAUGAUGGUCAGUGAUGUCUUCAGCAAUGUCGCCUCAAACUAUGAUCUCAUGAAUGAUUUGAUGAGUGGAGGACUACAUAGAUUAUGGAAGGACAGGCUGGUUUCCAAGAUGAAUCCAUUCCCAGGAAUGAAACAUCUUGACAUGGCUGGCGGGACAGGGGAUGUUGCUUUCAGGAUCUUAGAAACCAUAAACAGUAUCAGACGUAGAGCAAGGCAGAGUACUUUUGAUUUACAGGAUGAAACUCGAAUAUACGUAUGCGAUAUCAACCCAAACAUGCUAAAUGUUGGGAAAAACCGGGCUGUAGAGAGAGGUCUUGUGGAGGAGAGGUCCCUUACAUGGGUUGAGGAGGAUGCUGAAGCCUUGAGUUUCGAAGAUUUGUCAAUGGAUGGCUAUACUAUUGCUUUUGGAAUAAGGAAUAUGACACACAUAGAAAAAGUUCUUGCUGAAGCUUAUAGGGUGCUAAAAAGAGGAGGAAGAUUCCUUUGCCUGGAACUGAGCCAUGUCGAAGUUCCUGUAUUUAAGGAUUUGUACGAUCAUUAUUCAUUUUCAAUAAUUCCAGCUGUAGGAGAGCUUAUUGCAGGUGAUCGGGAAUCUUAUCAGUACUUAGUUGAAAGUAUCCAUCGUUUUCCUUCUCAGAUUAUUCAAUCACGUUCUGCAAUUACCUGAACUUGGCGUCUUGCUUGGGCUGCAGCCUCCCUCCUGUUGGCUAAGGCUUUAGGGAGAUAAAGAUAUAGAAGAGUUAGGGGCUUAGGCAAUAAUCUUGGUCCUUUAUUUAGGCUCUGUGAAGUCAUCUAUUAUCCUUUCUUUGCGUAAUGCUUCUUAAUAUAUGCUGUUUUGUUGAGGGAAAAGAGAAACAAAAAGAAUUAUGAAGAGCCUCUCUGCACGCAUAUCCUUGUGAUUGUUUUCUUUUCUUUUCUUUUUCCUCUAGUUUUUCUUACAAAAAGAGCCGCCUCUGCAAAUCCUUGUGAUUGUUCUCUUUUCCUUUUCUUUUUUUUUUCCCUAGUUUUUUCCUAUAGCUGGCUGCAUUUCAUCAUUAUUAGUAAUCAAGGACUUCAAAGAUGAAGUUAUCUCCAAUUGUUAAGUUGAUAAAGUA